AAGAAUUGAAAUGCCCAACUUCUGGAAAAUGUUAUUGUGGUAAGGAACAAAGCAGUAUCGGAUGGUGCAAAGAAUGUGAGGUUAAUGCCUUUAAAGAAAAUUUUAAAAAUUGGACAAGUGGCAAUCUUAAGAUCGAUACAUUUAUUAGACAUUCUCAAUUAAACGCUACUGGAAGUGUAGAUUACUUGGAAUAUCUUGAUUUUGAGCAAUUUGAUCUAGUAGAAAUUACGAAUAAAAGAGGAGCCUUUAGUGCAAUAUAUUCGGCAAUUUGGAUGGAAGGUCCUCGAUGUAUUUGGGAUGAAGGCUCAGAACAAUGGACACGUAGCGGACCAAUUAAAGUCGCUCUUAAACGGCUUAACGAUUCACAAAAUAUUAGUGAAGAAUAUCUGAAUCAACUUUAUAAAUAUAAUAAGUGUUUACAAAAUGGAAGUGUCUUUGGAAUAACUAAAGAUCCAACUUCAAAUUAUAUGUUUGUUAUGAGAUAUUAUGAGAAUGGAGAUUUGCAUUCGUAUCUUGAUGAAACACAAGGUAUGCUUUGUUUGAGAGAUAUUGUUGAAAUGCUUUGGGAAAUAUCUGGAGGAAUUGAGUAUAUUCAUGAAAAUGGGUUAAUUCAUGGUAACCUUCAUGGAGGCAAUGUGUUAAUUGAAAAUGAAUCAGGUUCAAUUUAUACACAUAUUGUUGAA